AUGUUUUCUCUGAGUGGUAUGCCUUCAACUGCCUCAGUUUUAUCAACAUACACCACCUUUGCUGCAUCAGCAAUGCUGGUCCGGACUGUGGUGAGUGAAGUUGAGACCAUGGCCAACCAGCUCAUACCCCAACAACUCCGAGAGAAGAUCGUUUCCAAACUUGGAGGCCUUCUUGGUAGUCACUCUUCUGAAAUGGUCCUUGUCAUUCAAGAGUUCAAUGGGCUCUCUGUAAAUCAAAUUUAUCAGGCUUCUGAACUCUAUUUGCGCACCAAAAUCACCCCCUCGGUCGGCCGGCUUAAUGUUUCCAAAGGCCUGCGAGAGAAGAACCUCUCAGUCACUGUCAGCAAAGGAGAAAUGGUUGUGGAUGUUUUUGAAGGAAUCGAACUCAGAUGGCAAUUGAUUUGUGCUGAAACCCAGAAACCAUCUUUUGACUAUGACAGUGGUUCCAUGGCGACUGAGAAGUCGGAACAGAGGUCAAUUGAGCUCAUUUUUCACAAGAAAUACAAGGAGGUGGUCUUGAGCACAUACCUGCCAUAUGUAAUAGAAAGAUCAAGAGCCAUAAAAGAAGAAAACAAGGUGGUGAAGCUAUGCUCACUAGGAAAUUUCUCUGAAGAUUACGAUGGCCCUUGGGGAUCAAUCAAUCUCAGCCAUCCAUGCACCUUUGACACAUUAGCAAUGGAUCCGACGCUCAAGAAGGAACUGAUUGCUGACUUGGACAGAUUUGUGAGGAGAAGAGAGUUCUACCAGAAAGUGGGGAAGGCAUGGAAACGAGGGUACUUGUUGUAUGGCCCUCCAGGCACAGGGAAGUCGAGCUUGAUUGCAGCCAUGGCUAACUAUCUCAAAUUCAACAUCUAUGAUUUGGAGCUUACAAGUCUCUGGAACAAUUCAGACCUGAGAAGGCUGUUGGUCUCUACAGCAAAUCGAUCCAUACUUGUCAUCGAGGACAUCGACUGUUCUGUUGAGUUGCAGAACCGACAAAAUGGAUCAGACAACAACACUGACAGCCAGUUAACUCUAUCUGGGUUGCUUAAUUUCAUUGAUGGACUAUGGUCAAGCUGUGGUGAUGAGAGGAUCAUCGUGUUCACAACAAAUCAUAAAGAAAGACUAGACCCUGCAUUGUUGAGACCAGGGCGCAUGGACAUGCAUAUCCACAUGUCCUACUGCACUCCCUCCGGAUUCAAAAUCCUAGCUGCCAACUACCUCAACAUCAACACUCACCCUCUGUUUACUAAAAUUGAGAGACUGAUGACUGAGGUGGAGGUAACCCCAGCAGAGAUUGCAGAAGAACUCUUGAAAUGCGAAGAAGUCGAUGUUGCUCUUGAAGGAAUUAUCAAAUUCCUGGAAAGGAAGAAGAUGCAGGUCGAACAUGAUGAAAAAUCUAACGAGGGAGUAAAAGAAGUUGAUGAACAAGAAGUGAGCAACGGGAUUAAAGGAGAUAAGAUGGGUGUUAAGAGAAAUAAAAUGAAGAAGACAAGAAGGGCAAAGGGCAGACACUGAAGAUCGAAUGAUGAAAGCUGAUAUACAAUCCCAUGUCUUCUUUCCAUUUUGUAUGUAACCUAUAUCUCUAUGUUUCAGUAAUUGAACUAGUAUCCAAUAAAUCAGCAGAACAAAUGUCACCCAAUUUAGACUAUACUCUUUGCAGAUAA